GUUUAUUUAUAAUUUUAUAUAAAAUUGCAUCAAAAUCUGGACCUAUUCUGAAAGAAAACAAAAAGUUAGAGGCAGUUCUCAAGAAAGCAGAUGAAUUUAAUGUGCCUCUUGAUUUCAUAAAUUUUGCAUUGCGAAUGGCUGUGGAUACUAGAGCAAAAGGGGGGAUUUAUGAAAUGCUGUAUCUUAAUCAUGGCUAUUUGAUUAUUCAGUAUGAAGACAUAGAUAACUAUUCAAUUAAACACCAUUUGUUACAAAUUUGUGAUAAAUAUGAUGCACACCUCAUCUCUGGUAAAGUUAAAUGGGAUACUUACUUUAAUCCAAAAGGAAUAAUAUCAAUAAAAGAUAAUCCUUCACAACCACUUAGAGAUGCAAAAGAAGCUGAAAAUGUCUCAAACAAAAUUGGUUCUCAAUUUGUGAAAAAGGAGCUAGAUAUAGAAGGCUGGAUCUCGUGGCGAUUUUAUUGUGAACCUGGAGAUUUGCAUAAAAUGAAACGGCUGCUUCAAGAAGAAAAUUAUGAGAUAGAAGAAGCUUAUGUGGGUCUGGUUCCAAAACGGAAAAUCCCUUUAUCAGGUCCAGCAAAGCAAGCAACACACUCAAUUAUUUGUAAAAUAAGUGAAAUACCUACUGUAGAUAAUGUCUAUACAAAUAUAAUGCUGUAAUAAUAAAUGUUUCUGUUUUUUACUGUA